AUGCAAGAACCGGUAUUCAUUGAGAGAGAUAAUAGCAACAGUGGUAGUUCAACAGAGGAUGACAAUUCCAUUAAGCCUUCUUCCUACGAAUCGAGUUAUUCUUCUAAUUCCACCAACAGCGAUCAAGUAAAGUGUUACAACAAGUUGAAACGACAAGGUUCGAGAAGUUCAAUCAUUGUGCGAGAUGAGAGUGCAGUACAAUCUAAACCAGAACCCAGUACUUGGCUUCAACACAAGAAACAUUUUUUCAUUCUUAGCAGUGCUGGUAAACCUGUGUGGACAAGAUAUGGAGAUGAAUCUCGGUUAUCUUCAUUAAUGGGUGUUAUUCAAGCCAUUAUAUCAUUUUUUCAAGAUAGUGAUGAUACUAUAAAGACCAUUAAUGCAGGUCAUCAUAAAUUUGUUUUCCUUUUAAAGGAACCCCUUUACUUUGUUUCUGUUUCCAGAACAGGUGAAUCUGAAAGUCAACUUCGGGAUCAGUUGAUAUACCUUCACAAUCAAAUCCUAAGUGUACUGACCAGUGUUCAAUUAACGAGAAUAUUUGAACAACGGGUCAAUUUUGAUCUUCGUCGACUAUUAGGAGGUACAGAAGUUUUCUUGGAUAGCUUAUCAACGUUAUUCAAUAAUGACCAUAGUUUCAUGCUGAGUGGUUUACAAUGUCUAAGGUUGAAUCGGACGGUCCGAGAUCAAGCAGGUGGAAUUUUGACAGAUGGAAAAGUAAAGAAUUUAUUAUAUGCCAUGGUGGUAGCAGAUGGAAAGUUAGUGACGUUAUUGAGACCAAGGAAACACAGUUUACAUCCGUCUGAUUUGCAUCUGCUUUUCAAUAUGCUGACUGGUUCUACAACAUUCCACACAGCUGAAUCAUGGACUCCACUUUGCUUACCAAAGUUCAAUUCCAGAGGCUUCCUACAUGCCUAUAUAUGUUAUAUUGAACAAGGCAUCUCGAUUGUGGUGAUAAGUACAGACAAGGGAAAUUUUUUCGAGAUCAGUGAAUGGAAGACGGCUAUUUUGGAGGCAAUGGAAAAGAAUAAAGUGUUGGAGAGUAUUAAGGAAGCAUCAGAAAAGUUAUACAUGGUGGAAGAAAUACAGAUACCUUCGUUACUUCAUUUCAUGUAUAAAUCCAAAGUACACGUCCAAUUCACAACACCUGGAUUUAGUGGUCCUUAUGUAAAUGAUUGCGAUAGAAGGAGAUUGUUUAGACUGUAUCAACAUGUUCAUGACCGAAUGCAUAGUAGAUCAAGACCAUUAAAGUUAUAUUACGUAAACAGUGAUAAGGAGAUUUUAUUAGGAUGGUUCCAAUCAAUUGUUGAGAUGGAUUAA